UUAGAAGCCCGUGCUGCAGACGCUGGAUCGUGUCCGUCGAUGGGAGUUGAUUGCAUUCAUACGGAUAACCGUGUGGACCGUGAUGCAGCGCGGCUGGCCUCUGUUAGGUCCGCUGCAAUGGAUCCGUUACGUUAACAAACAAGUGAAGGUGACGGCGGGAAAAUGUGAAGAGCACCGCGGCUGGCUGCUCACGGUGGAUCCGGUGUCCGCCAGUCUGAUCCUGGUGGACUUCAGGGAAGAUGGGGGGACGUCGGUGCAGGUGGUGAUGGGUCACGCUGUAGAGGAGGUGCAGGUCCUGCAGGAGGCUGAUGAGGAGACCGCAGACCGUCUCCGGGCCUCCCUCCUCCCCCUGAGAACCUGCAACCUGGACCCUGAAGAGCUGAGGAGGAGGAGAGGGGGCGUACAGAGCUGGCUCCAGAAGAACCGGGUCCCUGUGGAGGAGGAGGGGGACGAGCUGAGGGUGGCGGGGGUCCUGACCAUCAGCGCCCCAUAUGGACCUGAAGACUGCUGCAGCUCCAACCAGAUCAUCCUGGACCGCAUCCAGAAACUAAUCCAGAACAUGAUCCAGCUCCAACCAGACCAUCCUGGACCAUCCAGCAGCUGAUCCAGAAUCAGAUUCAGACUGAUCUCUAAACACAAACCAGGAUCCUGUCUGUCCAAUCAGGGCGCAGCAGCUGGGACUGACAGCUGGUCUGUAACCAGCGUGACUCCUUUUGUCCAGCUAAAAGUCAUUGAAGGCUGAAGCCCCGCCCCUUGCCAGCUGAUGUCAUCAGGCUGAUGAGAAUGAGAAACUUGCAAAAUAAAAGUCUGUUUUCGU